CAAGUAUUUCUACAAAUUCAUCCUUAGCUUUUUUGCAUAUACAAUACAAAAUGACAUUUAGGCGUCUAUUUUCUACAGCUGGUCGAUUUGCGUAUACGAUAUCCAAAGGAGCCGUGAUGUAUGCCAUUCCAAUUGCAUGCACCUGCCACACCGCCUUCCAUUAUAUCGGCGAGAUUUCUCCAUCAUAUGGGCCAUCAAUGUUGCCAACCUUAAACGUGAACGGCGACAACCUGAUAGUAUCGCGGUUGGGAAACUGGCGGAACAAACUGAGAACAGGCGACGUCAUUGUAUACAUAUCGCCGACUGAUCCGCACCGACGUGCAGUCAAACGCAUUUUGGGGAUGUCUGGAGAUACAGUAUGCGUUGAUCCGACAAAAGACGAGCUCGAAUACGUACAGGUGCCCAAAGGCUACGUGUGGGUGCAGGGAGAUAAUCACUCGUGCUCUACGGAUUCGCGCACGUACGGGCCGAUUCCACUGGCAUUGUUGUGUGGCCGGGUGAUGGGUUGCGCGUGGCCGGAACCGCGUUUGAUCAGAAACACAAUGGAGGUUGUUCCGGGGCAGUUUAACAAGCAGGUUUAGGGCAGAAGUUAUUAUCUGGGUGUUUUUUAUAAAUAUGUUUGUGUGAAUGCUUGCAGUUUAUCAAAUAUGAAAUGUGC